UCGCAUUACGAGACGCUCGGCAUCUCCCAGACGGCCACCGCGGCCGAGAUCAAGCGCCAGUAUUUCAGCUUGUCCAAGAAGCACCAUCCCGACCGCAACCCAGACGAUCCUACCGCAAGUACGCGCUUUGUACAACUGAGCGAAGCAUACAAUGUGCUUAGCUCGCCUGGAAAGCGGGCCACCUACGACCAGCAGCUCUACGCCGCAUCGGCUUCCUCACGGGGCGGUCGCGGACAUGCGCCUGCACAGGGGAGCUACAGCUCCCAUCAAACCUUUGCUGGCUCCCGACCUGCGACCGGGCUGAACAAGAAGAGAGGCACUUUCCGAGGCCCACCCCCGUCUUUCUACAACGCAGGCGGUUAUGGUCGGCAGGGUGCGAAGCGGGCAGAAUAUGCUCACUACAACCCCCGUGCAGGCGCCACUUCGCACGAGCAAGAUGCAGGGCCCGAGAGCUAUGGCGACUUUGGGGGCGGCAUGGGCCCAGGACAGAUGGGCCAUGGAAAUCGGGUUCCUCAUUUCGAUGACCGGCGGCAUAGACAGACGCAUCACAAUAUUCACGAGCAUAUCCAAGCCAGGCGACGCAGAACAAGACCCGCCGAUUUUGGAAACGUCGAAGUCCACGGGACCCUUGCAAGGUUCCUGAUGAUCUCCGGUACCCUCGUUUGUAUAGGAUUGGGUGCCAAGUUAAUAAAGGAUAGGACCGAAGGU